UUCCCCAUUCGGCCGUCGCGACCUUACAACUCUGGACAUUGAUUCAGACGCUCGCGCAACGGCAGUCGCAGUCUUGACAUCGCUGAUCUACGGAAGGCGCAUAGUACAACGCAUAUCCAGAUGGCGCGCGCGAGGACGAGAGGACGGCUGCGGGCAAGCGCGGUUCAGCGCACUCCGACGCCCGAGCAGCCAUCGGAUGACGAGAUGGUGGACGCGGACGAGUCGAGGCAGGAAACACCAGCCCAGGAUGAAGAUGCGGAACAAGAAGAAGACGCAGACGAGGAGGACGAGAUGCCCCAGAUCCCGUCCGAUCCGUCGACGCCACCUGACGCGCGCAACUUCGAUCCACCACGGAAGAAACGGCUGGGCAGACCGCCGAAGAACCCUCGACCUGGCUGGGAAACACCAUCAGCCAACGACGGGGUGGAGACCCCCCAGCGUCGCAAGCGUGGACGACCUGCAGGCUUUGGCGGCAGAGGUCGAGGCCGCGGUUUGGCCGCCUACGAUGGACCCAAGAUGACCAAGAUCGAUAAAGAAGGUACUCUGGCUGAGGUCAAGGAUGACGAGGUGGAGUUGCCAGAAGAUGAGGAAGGUGAACAAAAGGUUGACAAACUGGGCAACCUGAAGGGUGGCAGAGAUUACAGAGUGCGUGUCUUCACGGUCAAGAACCGUGGCAAGCGUUUGUACAUGCUGUCUACUGAACCUGCCCGAUGUUGCGGCUUCCGCGAUAGCUAUCUCUUCUUCGCGAAGCAUAUGAAGCUGUAUAAGGUCAUCGUGGACGAUGAUGAGAAGGCAGAUCUCAUUGCACGCGACAUCAUUCCUCACUCGUACAAAGGCCGAUCGAUUGGUGUUGUCACGGCACGCUCAGUUUUUCGCGAAUUUGGGGCACGGAUCAUCAUCGGUGGGAGGCGCAUAAUAGAUGACUACUAUGUGCAACAGGCGCGUGAAGCUGGUGUCGUCGAAGGCGAGCUUGCAGAUCCAAAUGAUAUCCUCCCUCCAGAGGGCAAGGAAUACAAUAAGAAUCAAUAUGUUGCAUGGCACGGUGCGAGUCAGGUGUAUCACACAGGUAUGCCCACCGUGCCUACUGCGGCCGGGAAACAGAUGCCCGGCAAACGUAAGGUUCAGAUCACUUCUGCAAAUUGGCAGCUGGAACAUGCGCGAGCUGCGAGCCACUAUAACUCGAUGCUCACUGCAACGCGCAAAGCCAAUCUACGGGGCGUCUACGAUCCGCACACCAAUAUGAUGCAUUACCCUAAGAUUAUGCAGCCUACCCAUGCACGCUGGGAACAAGUGAUGGACACAGAUGCAGAUGAGCCAUUGACGAACGGAUCUUCAAAUCUCACAAAUGGCGUCAACGGCACACAUCACACUAACAGAAGCACCCGUAGCACGAUCUUUCCUCCCGUUAAGCCAAUCGUUAGCCGCAACUUUUUAGUGGUUGAUACUUUUUUCGAGUCGCCGCCAUAUUCCGGCAUGGGCAUUCCUGGACCCGACGGCGAUGCAAUGGAUGUCGGAACUAACGGCAUAUCCAACAUCAGUGAUGACAUCCUUGCAGAGCUGCCAGCAGAAUGUCGAAAGGCAUUUGAGGAUGCAAAAGCACGCGAACUCGAAUGGAAAAACAAGUGGGGCAGUGAACAUAGAGAUGGGGCACGUGGCAAUCUGAAGAUUGGUUUCUUGGGCUUCCCGGUUUGAAUUGUGAACGAUCUUCCUGGCGUCUAUAAUAUAGCCUUUUGACAAGUACGAAGCCGGUAUGUACACCUGCUUCAUUUGAGUCAGCAAGGGCACCCAUUUAAGCUUGAAAUGGGUUCCAACACUCCAAAGGUCAACACGGGAACCUUACUGCGAGCUUGGGCCAUCAAUAGAUUUUAACGGCAUAUUGUAUCAUUAUGCUUCCUACGUAGCCUCUUAGGCCCGCGAUAGAGAACUAUGUACCUAAGGAAGCUGUCCUGAACAGACAGCUUUCUUAAACCGAAAGUUCAAUUGAAGACCGCGGAGCAGUUGAACGCGAGUUUCAAUGAAGCUGAUAGCCAAUGCAUAUGAUUCAAGGAAUUCAACACACAUGAAAUAACCAAAUUGUGUUGGCAGACGAGAUGUACGAAAUAUGGGGCUUCUAACUUUUGAACAUAUCAUCAUUAUGCAUGCGUUAACCCCUCCAUCAACACCCCCUUCAGGCAAAGGAAAGGAGCGGACGGCGCGAGAAUGGGGGAAUUGGUAUCUUGACUCGCUAAGCAAAAAAAGAUUAUGGUCGAUCUAUCG